AUGAUGGAAACUGCUAAGAUGGAGCCUUUGACGCCGCCACACACUCCGCCGUCACUAAAUGUAAACCCGGGACUGGGUCGAUGGAUGGGCUCAAGAAUGGGACCAAUGCACCCAGGAGCGCAUCUUCCCGGAUUCCACGCGGCUUUUCUGGACCACUGGGUCCGCGGAGCUGCAUUGAUCGCGGCUCGGGGAUCCCCCUACGGAUUGCCAGCCCACCCUCCACACCCGGGACAGAUGAACCCUGGGCAACCCUUGCCUGGACCCCCGACCUCCUUCCUCGCGAGAAGACUCCCCGGUCAGCGGCCCAAAAAGCAGUUUAUUUGUAAAUUUUGCAAUAGGCAGUUUACCAAAAGUUACAAUUUGUUGAUUCACGAAAGGACACACACUGACGAGAGACCCUAUUCCUGUGAUAUUUGUGGAAAGGCUUUUCGGAGACAGGAUCAUCUUAGGGAUCACCGAUACAUCCACAGUAAAGAAAAGCCGUUCAAAUGCACAGAAUGCGGAAAAGGAUUCUGCCAAAGCCGAACCCUGGCAGUCCACAAGAUUCUGCACCUGGAGGAGUCACCUCAUAAGUGUCCAGUCUGUUCGCGGACCUUCAACCAGCGAAGUAACCUGAAAACGCACUUACUAACGCACACAGAAGUGCCCCAAGAUUUAAGGGUCGAUACUCAAACGAGCCAAUCGAUCCUGCCGAUAAGAACCGAGUCCAUGCUGAAGAAGCCCCCCAAACUUGGGUUUAGUAUCGAGGAUAUUAUGAGGCGCUAG